AUGUCGACGCUGGGUGUUCGCGGCAAGUCGCUGACUCCAACCGUCAACCCAGCAGGAUCCGAAACCGAUGAACCGUCCUCCAGCGUCCUGAGCAGACAGCCAAGCCAAGAUGUCGGUGACGCAGGCAACGUCCUUCCCACCUUGAGCCAGCGCCUACGGCAUACGAGCUCGAUACUCGCAAUCUCAAUCUCCGAAGAGCACAUCUAUGCGGGAACACAGGGCGGGGAGAUCCUGGUAUACAGCUUGAGCACCUAUGAGCGGAUUGCAGUGAUAGAAGGGCAUCGGGGCAGCGUACUGGGGCUUUGCCUGUCACACAACCAGUACUUGCUAUUCUCCAGUGCUGGCGACCGCAUUGUCAACGUCUGGAGCACCAAGACUCUGAAGAGAGUGUCCUGCCUCUACUCGUCCUUCGACGUAGGGGAUGUCUUCUGCGUCGCCUACUCGACUGCCCUGCAGACUGCAUACCUUGGGGCGCAGAAUACCACCAUCCAAUGGUGCAAGAUAGCACAAGAGGGAGCUAAAGGUUUCCCACUUUCUCUACGCAGCGAAGAUCGCUUCUUCGACUCUGCAGGCCCUGGAGGUAUUAGAACACCUCGGCCACCAGGGUCGGACAUCACCCCUAGACAUGCAAAGGGAGGAGAUGUGAUAGAGAUUGGGAAGGAGAAUGUCAGGCACUUUGCACAUUAUGGCUAUGUCUACUGCAUGCUGUUGACAAGAGAUGGAGUGCCGGAGUGGACAGGAAAGGAGACUCUGGUGACUGGAGGAGGAGAUGGCGUGGUCAAGCUCUGGAAGCUUGAUGGGAAGAACGGCGGUGCCAUUGAAGAGCUCUACACACUGGACGAUGGGAGGGAGGAGGGCCAUGCAAUACUUUCCAUCGCCUUGGAGGGAACCUUCGUCUACUGUGGCAGGAGCGGUGGAGAAGUCGACGUGUGGGAUCUCGAAACCCGUCAGCUUGUGCGAAACAUGAAGGCCCAUCGAGACGACGUAUCCACCCUCUGCUUUGGUGGCGGCUUCCUCUUCACCGCUGCCAACACAGGCUACGUCAGGAAGUUCGAUAGGCAAUAUCAGCUCAAGAACCGAUUAAAGGCUCACGACGGCCGAGUACUGGCAUCCGCAUUCUCGUGGUACAAACAGAGACCGAUCUAUGUGACUGGUUCCAAUGAUCAGAGCGUUGCCGUCUGGGACGUCAGCGAUUGCAUCCGAGCGACUCCUGCUGGCGGGAAGACGAGCAACGAGCAAUUGGUGGAACUACUCGGACGCUUCGUAUCGCACAGGACAGUCUCUUCUGAUCCACGGCACAAGGCAGACUGCCGGAGAGGAGCUUCAUUCCUUCGCUCAGUCUUCAAGAAUUUUGGUGCACACACUGAAAUGCUGCCCGCCGACGAUCCUGCUAAUCCGAUCAUUCUGGCUCGAUUCCGUGGCAACCCAGCAACUGCUGCGAACCGCAAGAAAAUCCUGUUCUAUGGACACUACGACGUUGUAGCUGCGAAUAAUACAAGCGGCAAGUGGAUCUGCGACCCAUUUACGAUGGAAGGCAUCGAUGGCUAUCUGUACGGACGAGGCACGUCUGACAACAAGGGACCGAUCAUGGCUGCCAUAUUCGCGUGCGCUGAGCUCACGAGUCAGCAAGCUUUGAACUCAGACAUCGUCUUCUUGAUUGAAGGCGAAGAGGAGUGUGGCUCACGUGGGUUCGAAAAGGCUGUCAGAGCCAGCAAAGAUAAAAUUGGCCACGUCGAUUGGAUCCUACUCGCCAACUCCUACUGGCUCGACGACCGGAUACCAUGCUUGACGUACGGACUACGGGGUGUGAUUCAUGCCACCGUGCAGAUUGAAAGCAGCCACCCAGAUCUACACAGUGGUGUGGACGGCAGUGCUCAGCUGGAUGAAUCGUUGAAAGAUCUUGUGUUGUUGCUAGGCACCCUCACUGGCAAGAAUGGCGAAGUCAAGAUUCCAGGCUUCUAUGACCCUGUACCUGAAGUAGGCGAGAAGGAAGCUGAACUAUACGCCGACAUCACGAACGCUCUUGUCCAGCGAAACCCAGAUCUGGGUGAUCCUGAUGCAUUGGCUUCAUCUCUCAUGAGACGAUGGCGGGAGGCCUCUCUCACUAUUCACCGCUUCCAAACGUCUGGACCGGACAAUGCCACAAUCAUCCCGCGAAUGGCGAAGGCGGCGCUGUCCAUGCGGCUGGUACCGAAUCAAGAGGCCGCAGAAGUUGCGCAGGCUCUUCGAGAUUAUCUUGAGGCAAAGUUCGAGGAGCUUGAUUCAAGCAACCGUCUUACCAUAACCAUCGAUCACUUGGCAGAGCCUUGGUUGGGGGACUGGACCAACGAGAUCUUCAAGACGCUGGAAGAGGCCAUCAUGGAAGCUUGGGGUCCUGUCGACCAGAGUCGGCGACGAAAAUCUUCAGUCGCGCCAUUGAAAGUGACCAUCCCUCAUCACACAAACGGCUACUUCGCUACAAAACCAUCGCCAACGACUUCGGCCUCAUUGGCUAAUGAGAGUCUGACUCCAAUCCCUACCCAACCCUUGACACCUCUCGCCGAAGUCACAAGCAAGCUCGAAGAGAUCGCACCCACAUCUCCGACGAGCAACUCAAGACCGAAGCAGCGCAGAAAGCCGCUGUACAUUCGCGAAGGCGGCUCGAUCCCUGCUAUACGGUUUCUCGAGAAAGAGUUCAAUGCUCCCGCAGCCCAUCUUCCAUGCGGACAGGCUAGCGAUUCGGCGCAUCUGGACAACGAACGUCUCAGGCUGAAGAAUCUCUACAAAAGCAAGGAGAUCUUCUUCAAGGUCUUCAGAGACCUGCCGCAGAAGUGA